AUGAUUUAUGUGAAUAAGUGGUCAAACUUAAAAAAGCUCAACAAGAAGCUAUACAAUAAAUUCAUUGCUGUGGAGAAUGAGAUGAAUAACCUUUCUGAAGCACUGAACAUUUCAGAUGUUGAAGUAUCAAGUGAGGAGUGCUUACCAUCUGCAAGGGUCCAUUUUGGAAAACAGGCUGGGUCAGUCUUCAAUGACCCAAUCAAAACCAAAGUUUGGCAAAAAUGUUGGAGAAUUAGGGUGCCUAAUGCAGUCAAGUCCUUCCUUUGGAGAGCUGCCAAUGAAUCCCUUCCCACUAAGCUAAAUCUAUACAAAAGGAAGGUAGUGGAGUCCCCAUUGUGCCCAAUCUAUCUACUCCAUCCAGAAUUUGUUGCUCAUGCUAACUGGUCAUGCAAGGCUGCUCAAGAUGUAUGGACCUUAUCCUUGAGGAGGAUUCAGAAGACUAGAGUUGAUAAUGGUUCCUUUAGAGAGAUACUGAAGGACAUUAUGGCCAAUCUGACUGAUGAGGAAAUUUUUGAGAUGGCUUUCACUACCAAACAGAUCUGGAACCAGAGGACUACUUGGGUCUUUGAGAAUAUUUUUGGUCCCCCCUAUGCAGCCGUCGACAAAAGCAACUCUAAGGUGAGCACAUGUGUAGUGAUCAAGGAUUCAGCAGGCUGCAUCAUUGCCACUCUUUGCUCCCCAAAAUCUGUGUGUUCUAACCCCUUAUUGGGGGAAGCUGCAGCUGCACUAAGAGCCUUAACCUUCUGUGCUGAAUUGGGAGUUAAGCAGAUCAUCCUCGAAGUUGACUCUUUCACAGUGGUCAACUCUAUCAAAAGGAAGGAGGAGAAUUAG